CCACCACGGUCGCAGCCGCCGCAGCCUCGGCCGCCCGGCAAGUAGCUCCGAGCGGCUGCUGCUGACUGGGCGCGCCGACGCAGACCGGGACGCCGCGCUCUGCUGGUUCCACGCCCGAGCCAUGCCGGGUAGCCGCGCAUAAUCUCCUCUCCCGGGUCGCCGCCGAGCCGACCCUGUACACCGUCCCCCGCUAGGGCCCAGAUUUCGGUGUUCCCAACUCCCUGGGUCUUCGCCGGCCUCUCGCAAUCAUGCCCCGGGUGACUGCGCUCGGGGCGCUUGUGCCACUGCUGCUGCCUCUCCUGUUACUGCUGCUGCCGCUGCCCCGCGACGCCUGGGGGCUCGGGGAGCGCUCGGAUGCCACCUGGGACUACUCGGUGCUGGAAGGCGAGGAGAGCGCGGAGCAGCAGCUGGAGCAUUACCAUGACCCGUGCAAAGCCGCUGUCUUUUGGGGAGACAUUGCCUUAGAUGAAGAGGACCUGAAGUUAUUUCACAUCAACCAAACCCGUGACUGGAUCAAGCAGUCAGUGGAGGAAACAGGACACAGCACGGGUGGGCUUGGAGAGCAGCCAUCUGAGAGCUGGUCGAAUGCUACAGCCACGAAUACCAGCAGUGAGGAAGCUAGAGAGGAUGGCAAGGAGAAUGCUAUGCUUCCACGGAGCCCUGGGACCUUGCAUGCUGGAGCUGAGACCUCCUCUUCCCGGGUCCGAAGAGCUACAACCUCAAGGACAGAGAGGAUAUGGCCAGGAGGGGUCAUCCCCUAUGUCAUCGGAGGGAACUUCACCGGAAGCCAGAGAGCCAUUUUUAAGCAGGCCAUGAGACACUGGGAAAAGCACACCUGUGUGACCUUCAUAGAGAGGACGGAUGAAGAAAGCUUUAUUGUGUUCAGUUACAGAACCUGUGGCUGUUGUUCCUAUGUUGGGCGCCGAGGUGGAGGCCCGCAGGCCAUAUCCAUUGGGAAAAACUGUGACAAGUUUGGGAUUGUGACACACGAGCUGGGCCACGUGGUCGGGUUCUGGCAUGAACACACCCGGCCAGACAGAGACCAGCACGUCACCAUCAUCAGGGAGAACAUCCAGCCAGGUCAGGAGUAUAAUUUCUUAAAAAUGGAAGCUGGGGAAGUGAGCUCUCUGGGAGAGAUGUACGACUUUGACAGCAUCAUGCACUACGCCCGGAACACCUUCUCAAGAGGAGUUUUCUUAGACACCAUCCUCCCCCGUCGAGAUGACAAUGGCAUCAGGCCAACCAUCGGCCAGCGUGUGCGGCUCAGUCAGGGAGACAUAGCUCAAGCCAGGAAGCUGUACAAAUGCCCAGCAUGUGGGGAGACCCUGCAGGACACGACGGGAAACUUUUCCGCACCCGGUUUCCCGAAUGGCUACCCUUCUUAUUCCCACUGUGUCUGGAGGAUAUCGGUUACUCCAGGGGAAAAGAUCGUCUUAAACUUCACGUCCAUGGAUUUGUUUAAAAGCCGCCUCUGCUGGUACGACUACGUGGAGGUCCGGGAUGGUUAUUGGAGAAAAGCCCCCCUGUUGGGUAGGUUUUGCGGCGACAAAGUUCCGGAGCCGCUCAUCUCCACGGACAGCCGGCUCUGGGUGGAAUUCCGAAGCAGCAGCAACAUCCCGGGCAAGGGCUUCUUCGCGGUGUAUGAAGCUACCUGUGGGGGAGACAUUAACAAAGAUGCCGGUCAGAUUCAAUCUCCAAACUACCCGGAUGACUACAGACCUUCCAAGGAAUGUGUUUGGAGGAUUACGGUUUCAGAGGGAUUUCACGUGGGGCUUACCUUCCAAGCUUUUGAGAUCGAAAGACACGACAGUUGUGCAUACGACUACCUGGAAAUCCGCGACGGCCCUGCGGAAGAGAGCGCCCUGAUUGGCCACUUUUGUGGCUACGAGAAGCCAGAGGAUGUAAAGUCCAGCUCCAACAGAAUGUGGAUGAAGUUUGUGUCUGAUGGCUCUAUCAAUAAAGCAGGCUUUGCAGCCAAUUUUUUCAAGGAGGUGGACGAAUGUUCCUGGCCAGAUCACGGCGGGUGUGAACAGCGCUGUGUGAACACUCCAGGCAGCUACAAGUGUGUGUGUGAUCCUGGCUACGAGCUGGCCUCUGACAAGAAGGCGUGCGAAGUGGCCUGUGGAGGUUUCAUUACCAAGCUGAAUGGAACCAUCACCAGUCCUGGGUGGCCAAAGGAGUAUCCUACAAACAAAAACUGUGUCUGGCAAGUGGUGGCCCCCGCUCAGUACCGGAUCUCCCUUCAGUUUGAAGUGUUUGAACUGGAAGGCAAUGAUGUGUGUAAGUACGACUUCGUGGAGGUGCGCAGCGGCCUGUCCCCUGACGCCGGGCUGCACGGCAAGUUCUGUGGCUCCGAGACGCCCGAGGUCAUCACCUCGCAGAGCAACAACAUGCGCGUGGAGUUCAAGUCCGACAACACGGUCUCCAAACGCGGCUUCAGGGCCCACUUCUUCUCAGACAAGGACGAGUGCGCCAAGGACAACGGCGGGUGCCAGCACGAAUGUGUCAACACCUUCGGGAGCUACCUGUGCAGGUGCAGGAACGGCUACCGGCUCCAUGAGAACCGGCAGGACUGCAAAGAGGCUGGCUGUGUGCACAAGAUCAGCAGUGCAGAGGGGACCCUGGUGAGCCCCAACUGGCCUGACAAGUACCCAAGCCGGAGGGAGUGUACCUGGAACAUCUCUUCAACUGCGGGCCACAGAGUGAAACUUGCGUUUAACGAGUUUGAGAUCGAGCAGCACGAGGAAUGUGCCUAUGACCACCUGGAGCUGCACGAUGGGCCCGACAGCCUGGCCCCGGUCCUCGGCCGUUUCUGCGGCAGCAAGAAGCCAGACCCCGUGGUGGCUUCCGGCAGCAGCCUGUUCCUCCGGUUUUAUUCGGACGCCUCGGUGCAGAGGAGAGGAUUCCAAGCCAUGCACAGCACAGAGUGCGGGGGCAGGCUGAAGGCCGAAGUGCAGACCAAAGAGCUCUAUUCCCAUGCCCAGUUUGGGGACAACAAUUACCCGAGCCAGGCCCGCUGCGACUGGGUCAUCGUGGCGGAGGACGGCUAUGGCGUGGAGUUGAUAUUCCGGACAUUUGAGGUCGAGAAGGAGGCCGACUGUGGCUACGACUACAUGGAAGCGUACGACGGCUACGACAGCACGGCGCCCAGGCUCGGCCGCUUCUGCGGCUCCGGGCCAUUGGAAGAAAUCUACUCUGCAGGGGAUUCUCUGAUGAUUCGAUUCCACACGGAUGACACCGUCAACAAGAAGGGCUUUCAGGCCCAGUACACAAGCACCAAGUUCCAGGAUGCCCUGCACAUGAAGAAAUAA